UUGCGAGAAAAGAUGGCGGCCAUGCAGCAGUCAGUGUGAGUAUCGAGUUCUCUCUCGAAUGGAAAUAGACUGUCUGUAAUUCCUAUACGUAGCCACGUUCACAUUUCUCUGUUGUCUAUGUUGUGAGUUUCAUUCUUGUUCACAAAUCGAUCGACUUUGAGUAUGACUCGGACGUUUUCAAGUGGCAUUCCAACAGACCCCCACCCAUACUCCAGAUACCGACUGCAUAUAGGACUUCCGGGUUGUUACUAUAGGCUGUAACGUUAUAUUUGUAAGUUAUCAUACUGACAUUGCGGUGGAAAGAGUAUAGAGUAGUGUAGGUGUCAAAGCUGUCUGGUUAUGUUGAUGUCUGUCUUGAAUGGAGACACAACAAACUUUUUUUCCAACACAGCAGUCAUCUCGCAAUCUCUCAGGGAAUACCACAUCGAAGGACUUAAGAAACUAUAAUGCCAUUUAACUUUUUUGGAGCUGAAAAUGUCAAAGUUUACCAGGGUAACAUUUCUUGCAUGUGCAACAUAAAAGCACAAAAUAGUGCUGUUUGAGCUGAUGUUAACUUGUCGUGUAGUCAGAGGAGCAUAAUUCAGUGCAAAGAUGUCAGAGCUUCCAGGCUAUGUAGGGUACCCUUGGGUAGGGGACAACUCGUUGGAGUUCUACCGAGACCCAGUCAACUUCAUGGAGAAACGGAUACAGGACUACAGCAGCAGGAUCUUCCAAGCGAGGUUUAUCAACCGUCCAACGGUGUUUGUGGGAUCAGCAGAAGCAGUUAAAAAACUCCUGAAUGAGAAGACACAGCAUUUUGAUAUGGGAUACAAGGCUCUCUGGCAAGGGCUGUAUGGAGAAAAUGUGCUGUUUUCUGAUGGAACUGAAGCCAUAGCUCUCCGUGCUCUACUGAUUCCACUCUUUAAUAGAGAGGCUGUCAGUGGCUACCAGAACACUGUGGAAAGAAUAUGUGAUAGAACAUUACAGAGCAUACCUGCAGGGAAGCCUGUGAAGGUGUAUGAACUCCUGAAGCAGAUGUCCACAGAGAUAUCCAUGGGUUUGUUCUUGGACAUUGAGAGAGAGGCAGACAACAGCCUUGGUCCACAUGUGUCACAACUUAUGACUCAACACUGGCAUGGUAUCAUCUCCAUGCCUGCCAAUCUAAAGCUGCCAACAUGGGGAGGCAACUGGGAGUCAGGCUACAGUAAAGCACAGGAAGCUAAGGAUGAGCUUCUGCAGAUCAUCAGAGACCGGAUAGGAAAGAACAAGCACAACAAUGUCUUAGGUCUAAUGAAGACAGCUGGGUUCCGUUCUGAGGAUGAAAUCUACUGGCACCUGUUGCUGUUUGUGUCAGCCCUGGUGCCCAAGGCUUUCUCUUCUCUGUUUACCUCCUUCACCCUACAAUUAGCAGGGCCCAGUAAGGCGUCCAUGAGACAGAAGGCUCUGGAAGAUGAGACAUUCCUGGAGCACAUCCUCCUGGAGGUGCAGCGACUCUGGCCACCCUUCAUCGGGGGGAGGAGACUUGUCAGACAGGAGUUUACCCUUGCUGGGUACAGGAUCCCUAAGGAGCAUGGCCUGAUGUAUGUGACUCACACAGCUCACAGAGACCCUCAGAUCUUCCCUGAACCACACAGCUUCAAACCAGAGAGAUGGAGCACCUGUAAUGCAGGGCAUGAGGGAUAUCUGUGUGCCUUUGGGGGAGGUCCCAGGAGAUGUGUGGGGACCCAGCUGGUUCAACUAGUACUCAAGCACGUCACUAAGUACCUCCUGCGGAAUUUCCACUGGGAGGUGACCCAGGCAGAGAUCCCGCCGUACAAGUGGCUGCCAGUGUCCCGCCCCACGGUGGAGGACCAGGUCAUCUUCACACCCCGGGACUCAUCUGGGGAGGAGGUGGAGAUGGGGGUGGAGGUCGCAGAGACAUCGCUGUGAGGAAACAGGUCCUCAUGGCGGCAUUUCAUCUGCAGGGAUACCUGUGGAGGCCUGAUAUGGAACAACUACUCCAUACAAGGCAAACGCUUCAACACAAAAUGGCCAUUGCAAUAUCUAUAUCUGUAACCAGUAUAAAUGCCCUUUGGUGUAACACACCAACUUCGAAGAUUAAUCAAUGUACAUGUAUUAUGCAAAAUUGAAUAUAUAUUGUACAUGUGCUAAAUAUCCUACCUAAUAUAAUGAUGAUGUCUUGAUGAAUUUAUUUUUACCUCUAAUAAGAGGCGACUAUCUUAAUUAUUAGAUAGCUGUCAUUGCUAACAUGAUGAUUUAUAAUUAGUACAAGUAUGAUCAAAUGGUGGGCAAACAUCAUCAACUAAACUCCAUAUAAAACUUCACUGGGACAUAUGAUAAAUAUAGUUUUUAUACCAUAUAUUUUCUGGUAGUACUCAGGUAUUGGUGUCUGUCUUGUCAUGUAUUGGGAGCUGGGGAGCUGCACAAUACAUAUCUGUACCUAUUUAUUCUGCUGGGUCUAUGAAACUUUGUAUCAAAGUUGUUACACAACAGCCAUAAAAAUGUCAGUAUCUUUACUUAUGAUAACAUCUUUGGGGGCCACAAGUGCCUUUUUUAUCGGUCUAAUUUAGCAAACUGAGGGUGAGGAAUAUUGGGUGGCCUGCAUGUUUCCAUAUCACAUGUAGUUAGAAGAAUUGCUGCUGUGGUAAUAGGAGAUAAAUGUAUGAACUUGUCUUUAAUGCAAUAGUUAUGAAAUAGUCAUUCUGAAUAAAUUUCUAAGUCAUAUAUGUAUUUUUUCAUGUUUUGAUAGGUGUGUUGAUAGAUAAAUUGUUAUUUCUUUCUUGGUCCAUUGACAACCAUGGCUAUGCCAUACCU